ACGAACCUUUCUGGAUUUCCUGCUCUGAUUUUGCAACACUGCAAACUCCUGAUGAUGUGUUGAGUGUAACACGAAAGGCCUAGGGCUAUCAUUCAACACCCCCUGUGGUUAUUUUGCAUCUUUUAUCACUCGUUCGCGAUUUUUGCACAAUCACUAAUUGACUUCCUUCUGCAGGAACAGGGCGGGAAUCGUGGUUGGAACUGCCGGACUUGUGAUGUUCUUCAAUCUGAUGUUCUUCUUCCCCUCCAUCAGUGACGAGAACUGCCACAACUACUACCUGCAGAGGGCCCUGAAGGGUCCUACAGCUCAGGACGACCCAGAACUCCUACGCUGGGUGCGAGGGAUGGUUGUUCCUCCCUCUAGGUUACCCUAUAACCUCUCCUUCUUCAUGAGUGGUCUCCAUCAAGAGAAAGCCAACGCUACUACCUACAGCCCCUCACAGGAGUUUAUUCUGGAUAAGCUCGAGGAUAUUUUUGGUGACAAAAUCAUGCAGCCACGCAGGUUUCUGGAAGCUGGGGCGUAUGAUGGAGAAUUUCUUUCCAACACACUGUACCUGGAACACGAAUUUAAUUGGCGGGGCAUCCUGGUGGAGGCCAACCCUGUCUUCUUCCAGCAGUUGCUGCUUAAGAGACGCAAGAGUUGGGCACUCAAUGUGUGCCUCAACACCAAGCCAUACCCCUCCCAGGAGAGUUUCAUGAUGGGAUCAGACUCCCCUGAAAGAGCCAAUCAUCUGUACGGAGCAUCGGAGGGAGAUGCAGUCAACGUGCUUCUGGAGAAACACAUCUCACUUGGGUCUUCAAGGCUACUCCAGUUUAAGGACAAUACAACCCAGCAUGUCUCAUUGUUAAUCAAAUGGUGGCUCCACACUGGUGCUGUGUAUUCAGAGAUGAGGCUAAAAUAUGUUGCAUACCGAGCCGCUGAAGUCAGGCAGUUCAUGUGGCUCUCCGGAAACAGAGGUCUGAGCUUUGCUUGGACCUCUGUAUAUACACAAAAAGAUCGCAGCCAGCAGGAUUCGAAUCCACUAUUCCAUGAAGAUGCAACCCACUUAUCUCUGUUUCCUUUGAUGUGCUGCCCCCAGCAGGAAGGUCAACUAACAGAGGUGCAGUGUGUUCCCCUAUACACCGUGAUGAAGGCUAUGGGCAUGACCCACAUUGAUUUUCUCUCUCUUGACGUGGAACAAGCAGAGAUGGGCAUACUCGACACCAUACCCUGGGACAAGGUCUCUUUUACGGUGUUGGCUAUCGAACACAUAACCUCAGAUGACCUGACGGGGUACAUGAAGGAGCGAGGGUAUGAACAUGUCGCCUCUAACUUGGGUGACCACAUCUUCAUCCACCAGAGUAAUGCUGUGAUCAAGGUGGAACCCAGCCACACCAACGACACCAGCCACACCAACGACACCAGCCACACCAACGACACCAGCCACACCACCCCGACCAAAACUGAAAAUUUUUAAGCCGGUAUCUAAACAAAUCGCACUCUUGGAAAAAUAAAGUUACACUAGAAUGAUGCAAGUUCUUAGAUUAAGAAAAUUGGAAUAUUUCAUUUAAUGACAACUGUCACAAAAUUAAAUUAGACUGUCAUGCAAAUUAUGGUCAGAGUUAAAUAAUUGGCAUAUUAAAAAUUUGCAUAACAAUGCUUCACCCUUUCCUGAGUUGGUAAUCACCAGUUAAGGUCAAUAAGUAAUAUAAAAACACUGAAAGUAAGCUGAAAGAUUGAGACAAUUAUCAGGUCUGUUCUCUCUAAUAUUAUAAGUUAGUAGGAAGCGAAAUCAUCAGAUAAACUUACCAAGUUAAUUCAAGAGGAAGAAAAUGGGUGUAUUAUAGAAAAAACAUAGAAAAUGGGAUAUUUUUACCCCUUUUGUAAACAAAGAUACUUCAGAAAAUAAUAAAAGUUUUAUUUAUUGUA